AUGUCACACGUCCCCGAUCCGUCUACGGAGGAGUCUAACUCGACGCCUCUGGCUAUCGACUCGAGUAGCAUUUCAAGCGGCAAAAGCGUAGAAUUAGUGGAUGAGCCUUCGGAGUUGCCUGUGAGAACUGGCAAGGAGAAGCAAGUCGAAAUACCGAUUGACCCGCCCGGUGUUAAGUUCUCGUUUCGGACAUUUUGCAAGUAUGCUGGUCCUGGUUGGCUUAUGUCAUUGGCCUAUCUCGAUCCUGGUAAUCUAGAAGCCGAUCUACAGGCUGGAGCCUUCACAGGCUUCCAGCUGCUAUGGGUAUUGCUACUUGCUCAUAUAGUUGGACUCAUCCUCCAANNNNCCCCAAUUCACUCCCAAGUCGAGUUCGUUACCUCUAUACCCUGGCAGCUAUUGGCUCACUUUCCUAGGCCUAUUCGGCAGCGUGCAGAGCCUCAGUCGGAGGCUCUGGGAUUAACAGGAAUCUGUGUUAAGUUUAGAGAGCACAAGGCGAUCAGGCAAGCCCUGCUGGUCCUUCAUAAUCGGUAUCUAUUGCAUCCGAAGAAGGCAGAUGACGGUAUGAAAUUGAGCUGGAUUAGACCUGUGAACUAUGGUAAAAUCCUGAGGGAGUCGUCAGCAGCAGCAGCGCACAGUGAGGGCAGUGCAGGGGACGGCAAGGCGACUCCGGAGGAAGAUCCUCUGCCCAUGCCGAUGCCACCACCGUUACCUCUACCUCCUACUGGGGCAUCGAUCGUAUCGCAGUAUGAGGCCAGUGCCGAGGAUGGAGUUCUUCGGACGGCUAUACAGUUGUCCUGUCCAGAGGGGGGCACUGAGGUCCCUAGUUCGGUGGCGGAGGCAUUCAAGCAGUUACUGGAUCGUCUAGCUGCCUUGGAGAAGGAGAAUGACCAUAUGGCUCAGCUUCUGAGCGCUAGAGGAACUUCCUCGGGGGUGGCUGGGGUCGCGGAUAAGGAGGCUGAUAGCGAGGAUGAGGAGGAAGCGGCAUUGGAGCGGCUUGGGCUCACGAGCUCACCAUCGGCUACGGCAUCCCAUGGGGUGAAGCGGAAUAGCGACGCGGUAGUGGACUUGGAAGAAUCUGGUGCCAAGAGGCCACCAUGGCGUGUCGGUGGUGCAUUGGGAGGGGGAUCUCCUAGCAGUCAGAGAGGCAACAGUACAGACGUAUAAGUUACUGAAUAUCAGCUAUGUUAUCAUUAC